AAAUAAUUGGUCCAGAGCUGAAAUCAAUAAUUACGAACCCAAUGAGAUGUCUUUAAAUCAUCAAUUAUAUCUUCGAGUGGAGAUUCUGCUCAAAUCCUCGGUAACAAAAAAAAUAUCCACAAACUCGACAGCUUCUAUCUCUGAUGAGAUAUCUGUAAAUGCGAUUCUCAUUAAAAUUUCCCCAGAACUUUAUACGCCACUCUCACGGCUGACGUAUAUACUCAAUUUUUUAUCUAACAGUUUACCUUCAAGAAUUUUUAAUCAUAUUUACAAAGAAAUAUCAAAAGAAAUAGAAGAUUUCUUAUGGGAACGUAUUUUGAUGAAAAGCUAA